AUGGGUGGCCAAGGAGAAUGUCGCAAGCGUCCAAUCACCAUGCCGACCUGGAAUUCACCCCCCUCCCCAAAUCUUAUUUUCAACUCAAGCCAGUCCGAUGCAGCUUGUCCUGAUCCGACUGCCUGGGACCUACGUGUCUCGGACAAGCGCCUUCCUUGCGAUACAGGACUUGAUUCCUCUUCUCGUAAAGUGGUUCUGUCAUUGAAUGACUGCGUGGACAGGAAGAGUCAAUCGACGAACUUUGAUGACCGAAAGCCGUUUGCAGCUGCCACCAGCGUGGAGAUGGUCAAAACUUUACCGGCUGCUGGUCCCGAACUUAUUCCUAAAUUGGCUUCACCUCAGCCUCAGCAGCCAUCACCAGACAGCCGGUCAACCAUUACAGUUGAGCAAGGAGUUGAGACAACCGAGACGACGGAAGGUCUAGAGCGGUCAGUGCGAAUGAUGUUUGCUCCAAGUGGAAACCAAUCAGGGAAGCUAGAAGGUGGCAGAGCAACUGCAGAUGGAAUAUCUGCUCUAACGCCGAGACAGGAACUCCAAGGUGACCCUAACCCAGACGAACCCAGUCUAGGGCAUUUCGUCAGUCAUGCCAACAUGUAG